UUCAGCUUCGGAUCCGCAUCAACGCAUCAGUGUUUGUUUUCGUUCCGUGCGGUUGCGACGUUUGCCAAAAAUUUUCGAUUUUCCACUGCAGUUGUCUCGCGAAACCAUAACCGAAGAGUGUCCCCAAAAGCCCGAAAUGGGGACAGACGACGUGGCCCGCAGUGAAAAGAUCCGAGAAGGUUUUCAAAUAAAUUGGUUGAUCCUGCGGGAUGCCGACACCGGUAAAAUUAUCUGGCAGGAGAACAAGGACUUUUCCUGUCCGGAUGUGGAACACGAAGCCCGGGUGCCGAUAAAGAUUCUAGAUCUGAGGGCAGUAUCGAGGGAAAUCAAUUUCAGCACGGUGGAAUCGAUGGAAAAUUUUCGACUGGAUCAAAAGGUCCUCUUCAAGGGGCGCAUCAUGGAGGAGUGGUUCUUCGAGAUGGGCUGGGUCAGCCCGAACACGACCAACACGUGGCAAUCGACGAUCGAAGCGGCACCCGAAUCGCAAAUGAUGCCCGCCAAGGUGCUGAACGGAAACGUGACCAUCGAAACCAGCUUCUUCGACGGCGAAACGCUCAUCAGUAAGUCGGUCGUGCGGUUGUACUACAUCUAAAAGCCUAAAAGCAGUCCGGAAUAAUAAGAUUUAAGUCUAGUCGAGCGCCUUCCCCGCGUUUGAGUGAUUGAACUGGUC